AUGACUGGCUUUGACGACUUUUCUUUUCCUGCUCCGGCCUGGGACCAGCAGCCGGUGGCCUCCAGCUCCCGACCCCGCGGACAUAGCCGCCACAGCAGCACGAGUUCGAUCCCUGCCUAUGUCCCUGUCAACACCGGCCGCCGCGGCUCUACCAAGGACCCAGAGGCUCUGCAGGCUGCCCUCGAGCGCCAGAAGAACCGCAAGCGUCGUACCAACUCGACUGCAUCCCUCACGAUCCCCACAGACGAGGAUCCAGAGGACGAGUCGAACAACAUUCUCCGUCAGCGCCAGGAGGACGCUCGUCUCAUCCGCUGCGACGCCGAGCAGCAGCGUCGAAAUGAACUCGGCAAGGGAUACGACCGUCUGCGCUCUGUCCUCAACCGCGGUGACGAGCGACUCUCCAAGUACCGUGUUGUCGAGCGGGCGACGGCCCGAGUCGUCCAACUCAGGGACCAGAACGAUCGCAUGGAGGAUGAGCUCAGGCGAAAACAAGAAUUAAUUCGGGACCUCAAUCGAGCCAACGAACAGCUCAUGCUCGAGGCCUCUGGAGCGGCCCCACUCCUUGUGUCUUCUCCCCAGGCAAGCUCCCCGUCCAGCGGUCGUCCUGGCUCCAGUUCCCACACGAGUGUCAGCGCAUUCGGCGUCGGACAGCCCGGUCACGCCCAUGACCGUUCUUCGUCCCUCCCGACCCCUCCCCAUACCUACACUGGCCUCCAGCAUCCGCCCGACCCGACCGGCGAAUUCGGCCACCCAUCCUACUCCAAGGCAGAUACAUUCGCCUACAAUCCAGGCACACUCGAGGCGGAUCCCCACCUCUACCCUCCCGAGUUUUACGCUGCCGCGCCACAUGGACUCGGCAUUCCUCGCUCCGAGAGCCCAGGGCAUCUCCAUCACUUCCUAAGCCCCGAUGACCAGGCACACUGGUCCAACGACUGGAACGCAACCGGCAGCGGGCUGCCUGGAACAUUUACAGAUAUCACUUCUACAUCCGCUGGAUUUACCACUUCGUCAUCGGCCUACGGCCAGCCGUAA